GCGGCGGCGAGGGAGGCGGUAGGGGCGGGGGCGGCGCCAGCGGCGGCGAGGGCUUCGACACCACGGGCUGCGGGCUCGUGGAUGGCGUCGGUGCCAUCCUUCGCUCUCGACGUCGCUGGGCGAAUGGCACCGACCUCGAUGCGGAAGACGGGCGUGCUCACGAUGGACGGGCUGCGCCGGUGGACUGAGCUCAAGAAGGGCGUGCUGCGUGUGUACGCCGACGAGUCUGCGAGCGGCGCGCCGCUGCUCGAAGCAUCCCUGCUGUACGUCGAGGUCACCUCCCACAAUGCCACGCCAGCGACCUUCCACCUCGCGCCAAUUUCGCCCUGCGAGCUCCGCAUCACCGUCGAGCCUGAGGCUCUCAAUCGAGCCAUCGAUCGUGGGCGCGGCUCGAUGCCGACCCCGGUCGGUGUCGGCAUGUGCGGCGGCGGCAUGCUGAACCCGCACGCUGCGACGACCGAGCACAGCGGCGGCAUGGCGCGUGUGACUGUCUGCCUCUUCGCCGAGAGCACCGCCGAGAAGAUGGCGUGGGCAAGCGCGUUGAGCGCGACCGCACACGGGCGUCGGCAAUGGGCGCACGCGCGGCACGAGCUCAACACUGCGAUCGCCGGAGUCAAGGACAGCAUGGGACGCGCGACCGGCAGCAGCAGCAACCGAGCAGCCCGCCCGUGAGACCCCCUCGACCCGGGUUGUCGCGACUGGUUGCACAUCCGUGUCGAACAUCCGUGCGCAUGUCUCGAUAAUCAUGUAGAAUGUAUAGCGCGACCGUGCAGCGUCUAGUCUCGAGAGGGGUAGUGUACGAAAAACACUCCUGUACGUUCGGUUCUCUGGUAGGACGGGAGAACGAGAUGAUAGUAGGGAGUAGAAGAAAGCAAAGAGGAGCCCUGCGCACGCACGACUCCGCAGGAG